CGGUGCUUCCUGUAUGCAUGAAAAUCUGCCGGAUCGUAUGAUCUAUCAAGGAAGACUUUCCUAGUUUUCCAGAAGGGCUUAGGUUGAUGGCCAGAGUAGCAGAUACAGGGAUCGGGAGUAAUCGGACACGAGAGCCCUUUCUCUUAUCGUAACACCGGACUUUGACAGGCCAAUUUCAUCUCAUUUAUUCUCUGUUCUUCGCCACAAAUGCGACUUCAUUUCAAUGUGGUCUCGUGAGUAGUGAUAUCAAUUUUCUGACUGGAGGGAAUAAAUUAACACCUCAUUGAGAGCAAUUAGUUUGUACUGGCGACGGGACUUAGUAGCUGAUCCGAGUGGACGAAAAUUCCUGUCCAGCAUGUCUUGCCUACCAAUGAUUUCCCAGAGGAGUCAUUUGAACACACCUGGUUCCGAAGCCAAGUCGGGUAACAAAUUUAGCUCACCGCUGGAUGUUGGCAAAAGUCCCAUCUCUCCCCUUCUGGAUAUGUCAUGUGACUGGAUCAUGCGUGAAGCAGCGCUGGAGCUGUUGCAGCUACCACAUCUUGGACACACUCCUGACAAUCAUCUAUUCAAAGCAGCACGCGCUGCCGCAGCCAAUGUGGCUGGCACAAAGCGUCUCCUCAGCAACAGAUCAGUGGAGCGUCCCAGCAAGUCAUCGCCGGCAGUGUCCGCAUCUCGGCGUGGCCGUAAGCGUACGCGUAAGGGACGUGCCUCAUGCGAGCCACCACAGGCCAACAUCAUUGGAAAUCAGUAUGUGAUGACAUUGUUCGAUCGCAGUGUAGACCUGGCGCAGCACAGUGAAGGAACAUCGCUGUAUGUUAUGUGCCGAUCAUGGAUUGGAGACAUCAGACAUAGCGGCAUGUCAUCACCGUAUCUCGAAAUUGCUGGCAUAUCACCGAAUGUUGCCAGCAAGGACGGGGACACGGAUAUCUGGAUGCUGCCGCCACCCUCGCCGACUGCUGGUGAGCAGCAGCACGUGGAGGAUAGCGAUGUAGACUCAUCAUCAACUGGCGUGGAAACUGUCUGUCCUGAUGCUUCAUCAGUUGACAGUAGCGUAGCUGGCGGCGGCGCAGAAGAGCAGCUUCACUCGGCCAGCAAUUUACUGACGGAGCACAUGGCCAGCUGGAAGCGCUGUCGUAGGACUAAGAUGAGGAGAGCACAGGUCGAGUACAUGCGCCAUGCCAAGAGCGUUGACAUCCUGCGCAGGAUCCGCAAUAGCGUACUGAAUAUGUCGUCGUCAACCCUUACCUCACUUGCAUGAGUACCCCCCACUGGAAGCUACUUGCUCUGUCUGUAACUGGCUCUGUCUGUAUUGCCUCAGCUCGAGUCUGGGUUAGGUGUUGAAUUAAUCAGUUGAACCGACCAUUUGAGUACUAGUACUGGAUAUACGACAUAGGAACACCUAGCAUGGCCUUUCUUCUUGAGUUGAGAUCGUCCUUUGUUGUCUUGUCAGGAGCGUUGGUGACUUACGUGCUCGCCUUUCGUUGUGUGCGUUGAGAAAACUGGUUGGAGGUCCAGUGUCCGUGCUCGUCGUUGAUUAGUCUGUCUUACUUGUUGUCGAGGCCUUGGUGUAGAUUAAGAAUGCUGUAGAUGCGGCCGUUCUUGCCUCGGUUGGCUACUUUGAUGUACUGGGCUCUGCUGCGUGUGUAGUGUGUACAGAGAUAUCCCAUGUUGAGAUGUGUCUUUGUGCUUACCUACUCCUCUGGUUGUUUGUCUAGCCAGUGCACGGCGGAUGUUUUUAUUGAUGUUUUAGAUUCUCGGUGUAGAUGUGUUUGGAACUGAUGUGAAGGCGAUUGUGUCUCCAGUGUGUUGUUCGUCGUGUUCCUGUGUAGUCUGUACGUUGUGCAUAGUCGUUGUCAAGUCUUGUCAAUGGUUUCGCUGCGCUCAAGCUUGGCCCACCCUCUCUUUAUGGUUAUAGUUUUUUUUUAAAUGAACAAUGAUUAGAAGACAGAACUAAAUAUGAGCUACUCUUUCUUCUGAAACAACUAAUUAUGUACGAGCCAUUCUUUCCUCUGAAUUAUGAGCCACUCUUUCAAACGUUUUGUACUUUAAACUACUACUUUUCUUCAGUACUAUAAGCCGCAACAACUCAUCAGUCUGUGUACUUUUUUAAAUUAAUGAUACUUUCAAGUCUCCUGGAUUUUGACUAUGUUUCUGUUUUUUUUUCUACCCAGCUGGGUUCUCCCUUGACCUAGCCUCUUCUGUUUCCAUCCUCGAUCUGGUGGAGUUUUCUCUUGACCUCGCCUUUUCUGUUUAAUUCCCCUUGACCUCGCCUUUUCUGCUUCUAUCUUCUAUUCGGUGGGGUUUCCCCUUGACCUCGCCUUUUCUAUUUCUAUCUUCUACCUGGUGGGGUUUUCCCUUGACCUCGCCAGCCUUGAUGCACAGCUGUGCAUGUACAUCUACCUCCUCUACUUGAUUUGGAUAUAAACGAGCAUAUCACACUGA